ACGUGACUCUGACGUUGAAUGGCCAUGUGACAAGCAUGUCACUGUUGUGCUCUAUGCCAUAAACGUGUGUGUACACUCGUGUAUAUUUUAUAAUACAAAACUAGUAUACGUUCCACUACUUCCAUCAGCAACACCAGUAUCAGGAGUAUCACGAGUAUCAGGACGUAGACCUACUCUCUUGCUUUCUGUCGACUAGAGUAUAUAAACUUUAGUAUAGAAAAAAAAUUAAAUAUUGACGACGUAAUCCGAGGCGUGAGUUAUUUGCUGGCAGCGAGAACGAAGGCACAAAAAGACGUGUGGUGUUGGUUGAUGAAAGCUUGCACAUUUAGCUUGAGCUGGUGCACAUCAGCUGCAAGUAGAGAAGAGAACACCGGCGUAAAGAGAAAAUAAUAAAAAUAAUAAUAAUAUAAAAAUAUAGUUGAGUAAAAAAAAACGGGAGAUUAAAAUUAUUAUGGCACUGCGUUUAAUGAAAAAAGGCCUAGGACCGGUAUCGUUUGGACGACGUCAAACACCGGAUAAUAUCGUUCAAAAAUUCAAAUAUUUACUGAUAUUGGACUUUGAAGCAACUUGUGAAAAAAAUGUACAGAUAAAAAACCAGGAAAUAAUCGAGUUUCCUUGCAUUGCGGUUAGUACGAAAAAUUGGGAAAUAGAGAGUAUCUUUCAUGAAUAUGUAAAACCGAGAGUAAAUCCAAUUAUAAGUCCGUUCUGUACAGAAUUAACAGGAAUUAUGCAAGAAACAAUUGAGAAUGAAGAAUAUUUCCCAGUUGUACUGGAUAAAUUUUCUACAUGGCUCGCAACAAAUAAUUUUAUCAAGGAUAUAAAUAAUUCUAGUAAUAAUAAUAAUAAUAAUAAUAAUUAUGAAAGUACAUUUGUUACUUGUGGUGAUUGGGAUCUAAAAGUUAUGCUGCCCAAUCAGUGUUCUCUUGAUAAUUUACCAGUACCGCACUAUUUCAAUCAGUGGAUUAACUUGAAGAGAAUUUUUUACAUGGCAACACAGUAUUAUCCAACAAGCUUGAGGGACAUGCUUAAUAAAUUAAAUUUGUCAGCGCAAGGUAGACUUCACUCGGGUAUACACGACUCUGUCAAUAUGAAAAGAAUUAUUGAAACCAUUGCCAAUAAAUAUCCUGUUAAAUUUGAUUAUACAUCCAAAACGAAAGCAAUUUUAGAUUAAAAUUUAUUAUUUAGAAAUAUACAUAUACAUAUAUUU